AUGACCGCUGACAUGAAGGAGCGAAAAGAGUUGGGAAAUGUUAAAAGCCAAAGCAGUGAAGACAUUAAGCGCCACCAGAAUAUUGGCACACCUAAAAUCGGAUGCAGCUUCCUUAGGGGAUCAAAUGCAAGCAUCAGAAGUGCAGUUUCCAGUUCUUCGUCUUCGUCUUCAUCCUCGACGUCAAGUCCAAGUAUGAGUUCAGGCUCGAGUGGGAAGAGUUCUAUCACCAGUAUUUUGGAAGGAUCGAUUUCAGACAGCCAUUACGAUUCGUGCAGCACCGUAGAGGAUGUCCCUUAUCUCGGUGUCCAACAACAGCAGCUCCUCCACAGAGACAGCCUCUCGAGGAGUACUAGCGAUAUGUCAAAAGAAAAUUCAGAAAACAGCUUGUCCAAGAACUUGAAUUGUGUAAAAAGGAACGGAUCUUUGCCUGAGAAUUUAGAAGUAAUUCAGACAAAAUUAUAUGACGAAAGGAGAACGUCAUUCCAAGAAGCAGUUCUCAGAAACAUCAGUCUCCUUGAUGCGAGCGAGGACCCCGACGCUGAACCUGUGCCGUACUCUGUCAGCGCGUUCCUCGCCAAUGAUCUGAUUGGCUUGGAAGAAAGUGAUAUUAAUUUUGGGGUUAUAAAUGAGAUUAUAGAAGAAGAAGAGGAUAGUGAAUGUGAUUUGAGUGAAUUUAUGACAUAUGCAGAAGAAAGCUAUAGAUUUGAACGCCGUCUCGAAGACAAAUUAGAUAUACCCACCAACAAACCCUUGAAUCAGGUGUGCAGAUCGCGGCUCCUGCGCCACAUAUCCGAGGAGCCCGACAGCGGCGCCAGCGGAGGGGAGGAAGACGUCGAGCGCCGGUCUUGUCCGCGGACGCCAAGCACGCCAAGGAGCCCGGGAAUCGACAUUGAUGAUGUAUUCAAGCAAAAACAAAAAGAAAUCGAAGAGGGCAACAAUGAUGAUAUGUCUAGGGUCCGGGAUCUCACUGCGAGGCUGAAUUUAGCUACGCGACGACCGUCCUAUCUUGACUGGCUGAAUUCUAUUCAGAGUCAAAGUAAGGAGAUUGGAAAAGUGUUGGAGCUGCACCCGCCGAAGGUCUUAGAGGAAGGUGCUCUUGAAGAAGAGAUCACGGGAUGAAUCAAGGAAAAAAAAAAUCUGAGAAGUGCACUGAAUUGGUUGAAGACGGAAUUGCAAGAAAUGCGACAGCAGGAUCAGCAGUUGGCAAGACAGUUGAUGCAAUUAAGGAUAGAAUUACAGAGAGUUCGGCUUCUGCGUUCAUGUAAUAAUCACCAAGCACUUGUAGACGAGGUCAGGAAUGAAGCAGAGGAAGCCAGAACGUUUGAAUCUUCGGAUCUCUGUGAUAUGCCUCAAGACCUCAGAGAGGCGUUUUCACCUGUGCUUCGAGAAAUAGGUGUUACGAGGAUGAACAUCACAAGUCGUCGAUUCUCUCUACGGUGAAGGGCUAUUUCACGCUGUAAUUUUUUCCUUAAACUUACAAAAUAUUUGUAUGUGAAGGCAAAUAUUAUUCAGGAGUAUAUCCAGAUAUAUAUUACAUUUUAGUAAUACA